AUGGCUACAGCAGACAGUGUGAGACGAAAUGUUGUCAGGCGCAGCAGUCUGGAAGAUGCAACUCGUAUUUAUCUAAAUCUCAUUCAAGAAACAACUGCGAAUAAUGGGUUUAACACUCCUGAUGGAAAGCCAUAUCCAUUCUUCGUUCCAAGUACUGUGAAAAGUACUUUGGGGAGUCCAACUGCAUUGGCUAUCGGUGCCUUUGCAACGACCUUGACCACCCUCUCUUUGGCUCUAAUGGGAUGGCGGAAUAUCACAGUGGACAAUGUUUUCAUUGGAAACUUCUUUUCGUUGCUGGUAUUGGAAUGGUCGUCUCUGCGCAGUGGGAAUUGGUACUUGGAAAUUCCUUUGCCACACUGCACUGAGCGCAUUUGGUAUGCCGAUUUCUUGUUUGACAGGCCAUCUUCUCACAGUUCUUCAGGCUUUUUCUAUGGUGGCUUCGGAGCGAUCAUUACUGCUUUCUUUGGUGUCAAGGAAGCAUACGGAGACGAUACUGUUGGGUACAAUAACUCGCUCGGAUUCUUCGUCAUGUGGGCAAUGCUUAACCUAUUCUUUCUCUUUGGCUCUCUUCCCAUAAACCUCGUCUACAUUGGCAUCUUCUUCUUCGUAGAAUUAGCAGCAUCUUACUUUGCUACUGCGGAUGGGUAUCCAGGUGCGGCGACCGCAUUGCAGAAAGCGGGUGGUGUCUUUGCAUUCCUGGCGGGAUUGUUAGGGUAUUAUACUGUUGCGCAUUUGAUGUGUCAGACUGCGCUGUUCUUCGGAUUCCAAUGGGGGAUACAAGGAUCGGCGACUGCCAUUGACCAGUACAUCAAGCUUGUGCGUGUUGGGGUCACCUCACAAUUGCGAGAGUAA